GGUCAAGCACCUGGAGGGGCCUCACAGUUGAAAUCUCAGGUACCUCAAGCCGGAGUUCCGCAGCGGUCUACGAUACAUAUAUGGAGAGCUGAUAAACUGCAAAGCCACGCCUCACUCGUCAUUUUCGGGACCGCUGAAGCAGCCCAAGUCGUUGCGCUUGUCAACGAGUUCCUCUGCGAGGACUAGGUCCUUGUCGGACAUUCCUGUCACUGGUAACUACACUCGUGAUCCGGCUGUAUUGCUGUAGACUUUGGAUUUGGCGCAGUGGUGAUUAGAUGCUUCGUGGGUGAUGUACUUGGACAUGUACAUGAUUGACUGUGCUGGCUUGAGGAGUUAGAGACAUGAGGGAAGUUUAUGCGGAGCGUGGUUUCGAGAUGGGUGGACUUGUGUUGGCUAGGAAUUUCGGGGUCGUGACAUGGGGUUCGAUUCUUGCGAUGUUGAUAGUGAAUGUAGUCACUGCGGUCCCACUUCCUCCGCCGGACGUUGCAGAGUAUUGUAACAGCGAGGAGCGGUGCUGCAUGCCGCGCCCUUACGUGGGUCAACCUGCACACCAAUUCUACCCGGACCCUGAGCUCCCCAUCAGGAUCCGGCGCCCCGUGCACUUGCUCACCGAUGCCGAAGUGGCCAGACUCGAGAGGGCUUAUCAACUACAAAAAGACCUUCCGGAUUCUGAUCCUCGAUCAUUCACCAACCAAGCGAAGCUUCACUGCCUGUACUGCGACAGCGGAAUCUACUACCCCGACAACCCCUGGCCGCUUGAGAUUCACAACGGCUGGUUCUUCUUCCCAUGGCACCGGAUGUUCCUGUACUUUCAUGAGCGUAUUCUGGCCAAGCUGCUGGACGAUGACACCUUUGCACUUCCGUUCUGGAAUUGGGACAAUCAAACACCGGAGGAGCCAUACGCUAAUGUCUUGCCGAUUUCUUAUGCAAAAUCAGGCUCUCCCCUCUGGAACCAGCAGCGCAAUAAAUGUGCAGAACCACCCUUGAUAAUUGAUUUGAACACAAUUGGAGGGUGCACGGCCAAGUCUCCUUCGGUGUUACGAACGGAGAACGACCGGAUCAUGUAUACGCAGGUGGUGUCGGGGGCUAUGUCGCCACAGCUCUUCUACGGGAUGCCGUAUAGGUAUGGCGAUGCGGGAGGACACGGGCCGGGGACGUUCGAGGAUAAUCCCCACGGAACAGUCCAUCUUUGGGUUGGGAAUCCAGAUUCGGAGUCCGGCAUGUUCGACGACAUGGGUAACUUUGGCAGAGCUGCAAGGGACCCCAUUUUUUACGCGCACCACUCUAACGUUGACAGAAUUUGGACUGUGUGGAAUACCCUUCCAGGAGAGCAGCGGAAAGCGCCUGUCGAUCCAGAUUUUCUCGACGCGAGGUUUACAUUUUUCGACGAAAACGGUGACUUGAUAAUCGUGAACGUUUCCCAGACGCUCGACAACGAGCUACUACGGUUCAGAUACGAGCAGAUGCCCACCGGAUGGGUUACGAACGGACAAUUACCAGGCGAGGAGAACAGCGUCCCUCUCUGCUACCGCGGAAAUCCUACCAAAACGAGGAAAUUGAUCGCCGACACUCCCUACUUCAAGCCAUCGAUGGUACUGCACACGGUACCGCUCACCUUCAAGGUGCAACGUCCCCGAAGACGUCCGGAGGUGGGCGUCGAGGUGCUAGAACUAUCUGGACUCUCGUUAAUCCCCGCGCUCCAGGCUCACUGGGAGGCUUUUCUCUUCCUCCCGAAUGGAAAUAACAAAACCACCGUGAGCUGUCCGGAGUUCAUCGGCACCUUCAACUACGUCGCGCACGUUGGCCAGGCGCUUUUCAACCGUGAGCGGAGGUGGCGUGUGGCAUUGGGACCGAAAAUCAUGGCGCUGGGCAAGGAGAACUACACAGAUGUGGUGAUCACUCUUGCGCAGUUCGGUCCCAACAUCCAGCCGAUUACAUUCGAGAGGGCUGUAGUUGUUUUCGACACAGACGGGGUUGAGUAAGACGUUUGUCGAUUGAUUCUCUACCGACUCUCUAGCUUGCAGCAGAUUAUUACAUGAUGAUCACGACGCCGAUGAAUUGGCUUAGACACUGGUGAUGGGAUCUGGUUAUCUGGAUCAUUGUUCCCAGUAAUCGUUGCAUGUUAGGAGUAGUAUGAUAGGAGUGUUUCGUAGUUGCAUUGCUUAGGCACCUAGUUGCAUGUUAGGAGUAGUAUGAUAGGAGUGUUUCGUAGUUGCAUUGCUUAGGCACCUAGUUGCAUUCAAGUAGAUUCAUUGAAUUGGAGCUCAAAGAGAAAAAAAAGGUGGAAACCGUCUCGCGAUGUUUUAAAAUCCCCCAACAAUAAAAAAAUCGCUUUGUCUUUGACUUCCA